CCUAGAAGGUCGAAGGUCGAAGUAGAACUAAAAUAAAACAAAGAGUACGAGCUCCUCUCGAAUCAAUACAACAACACAACACAUGUACACAACAUAACAACCCGUUCAAAAUUACCCUUCUUUUUUUCCUUUUUGCGAUUUCCGCCAUCAUAUUUUAACUUUUGCCCCCACCCCAAGAGUUUCUUAGCUGUAAUUCGGUGAAACUGAUGCUGGAAAUCUCAACUUUACCAGAAGAUCCUAUCAACAACCCACAGGUAAGGGAGAGUGGUAGUACCGCCAGUGGUGAGCUAGUCUCCGAUGGGUUCAAAGCGGAGCACGGCGAAGAGGGUGAUCGGAAUUCCACCGCGAACCGGUGGCCUCGAGAGGAAACAAUGGCUCUGCUCAAGAUAAGGUCUGAAAUGGACGUUGCUUUCAGAGAUAUCACCCCCAAAGCACCUCUCUGGGAACAAGUCUCAAGGAAAUUAGCGGAGCUAGGAUAUAAUAGAAGUGCAAAGAAGUGCAAGGAGAAGUUUGAGAACAUUUACAAAUACCAUAGGAGAAUCAAGGAAGGGCGUUGUGGCAGACCCAAUAAUGGCAAGACUUAUCGUUUUUUCGAGCAAUUGGAAGCUUUACAAGGCCACACACUUCCCCCUCCUCCUCAAACAUCCUCUAAGGAACAAUUAGUAGAGGUAUUUGAAAGCACUAGAACCUCACCAACAACCCAUGUACAAGAGCACUAUUCAAUUUCAACCACUUCCUCUUCCGGCAAAUUUAAACGAUUUUUCGAGGGGCUAAUGAGGGAAGUGAUAGAGAAGCAAGAAACGAUGCAGAGGAAUUUCAUGGAGGUGUUGGAGAAGUGCGAGCAGGAUCGAAUGGCGAGGGAGGAAGCAUGGAAGAAUGAAGAGUUGGCUCGAAUUAAGAGGGAGCGUGAGCUUCUUGCUCAAGAAAGGUCAAUUGUUGCAGCGAAGAAUGAAGCAGUGCUUGGCUUUCUUAAAAAGUUCAGAGUGCACUUUCCUGAGAAAAUUAUCGAGGUUCCAAAUAAUGGCAUGCAAGAAAAUGCUAGUGGGAGUGGCAGCGAUGAGUUAGAAAAGCAAGAAUGUGGAAAUGUUAGUGUUGGGAAUUUUAUACAAAUGAGUUCCUCGCGAUGGCCAAAGGAGGAAGUGGAGGCUUUGAUAAGGUUGAGGACACAACUUGAAUUGCAGCCACAAGGAAAUGGGUCUAAAGGGCCUCUUUGGGAGGAGAUAUCUUUGGCAAUGAAAAGCCUUGGCUACGAUCGCAGUGCCAAGAGAUGCAAAGAGAAAUGGGAGAACAUAAACAAAUACUUCAAGAGGAUGAAAGAGAAGAACAAAAGAAAGCCUGAGGAUUCCAAAACGUGUCCUUAUUAUCACCACCUUGAAGCUAUAUAUAGUAGAAAGCCUAAGAAGGUGGAUGAUGCAGGAUCAGCUGGUUCUGGCAAUGAGUUAAAGCCCGAAGAGCUAUUGAUGCAUAUUGUAGGGAGUCAUGAAGAGAGAUCACAACAGCUAGAGUCAUUAUCCGAAGAUGCUGAUAGAGAGAACAUGGAACAGAAUCACCAGGGAGAAAAUAAUGAAGAUCAAAGUGGGUAUCAGAUGGUUGCCAAUAGUCCUUCCAUAGCAAUCAUGGGUUAAACAUCAUUUGAAGAGAUUCUUUUGUUUUUGAAACUUCUUCUGUAACAAACAAUGUGGGGUUUCCUUUGGUUUUCCAAUUCUUUGUGAAACUAUAGAAACAAAAGAGAGAUGGGUCAGGGUCAUACACAAGCAGGAGUAGAUCUUCUUGUUGGUUUUAGGUAGAAAUACAAACCAAUGUCAUGAGUGGUGUCUUUUUUUUUUUUUUGAUAGUUAUGGGUGGUGUCUUUGUAUGUAAUACUCUGUAUCUUCAAUCUCUAUCAAUAUUUUUUGUUGAGUGCACAUGAUGCACACCACAGAGAAAGAGGGUGAGAUUUGUCUGUCUGUAAAAAAAUAAAAGUCAUUCGGCAUGUAAUUUAAUGGGUUUAAUGAUUGUUAGGUUGUAGGAGAUAAAAUAUAUUUAUAUAAAAUAUAUUUAUCUCCUCACAUAUAAUUGGAGAAAAAAAAAUAUAUAUGAGUCACA